UUCCCUCGAGGUGGUGCAAGUGUCUUGACGCCGCUUGAACAUAAAGAGAUCUCACUCAAGGCUGCCAAAGACUUAUUCACGCGUUUAAAAGCAGAUACCAGUAGUAGCAAAAAGUCGUCGUCGUCGUCGAAAAAGAGCAAAAAGCCAACAACAAAGGAAUCUACCACUCAAGCAGAUAAAUCAGCUUCACAUGCCAUUUACGAUUUGACAUUCAAGCAAUUGACGCAGGAUACGGUACUCCUUGGAUGUAUUUCACAAAUCAACGAACUGGAACUUGUCGUCUCGCUCCCCUAUCAACUGCACGGCGUUGUACCCAUCACCGAAAUUUCGGAUCCUUUGACAGCAGCUGUUGAACGUGUAGCGAAUCAACAAGAGGAUGAAGACGACGACGAAGACGACGACGAAGAACAGCGCGGCAUUCCCGACCUCAACGACAUUUUUAAAGUUGGGCAAUACGUGCCAUGUCGUGUAUCGUCAGCAAAAGAGCGCAGCGAGACGAAAAAGAAGAGCUCGAUCGAACUUACCUUGCGUCCUGAGGCUGUCAAUCGCAACGUGCCCAAGGUGGAUGUAGCUCCUGGUGUGGCCUUAUCAGCAUAUGUUCAAAGCGCUGAAGAUCAUGGCUACGUUCUUUCGUUUGGCAUCAAAGAGUUGACAGGAUUCUGCAAGACUGCAGAUGCAAAGAAAUACAUUGAAGAUUACAACAACGGAAACCCACUUGUGCCUGGUCAGAUAGUACAGUGUGUUGCUUUGGAAAAUGCAAAGAAGAAGCGUACGGUCAAGGUAACAUUGGACCAUGACAAGGUAGCAAAGGGCGUUGUGAACGAACCAUCAGCGACGGUGGAUGCUGUUGUUCCUGGUCUGUUGGUCAAGGGCACUGUACAAUCUGUCCAAGAGAAUGGACUGAGCGUCAAAUUCAUGGGCCUUUACGAUGCGUCUAUCGAUGCGGUCCACUUGCCCCUCGAUGAGACCUACAAGGUUGGCCAGAACAUUGAAUUCCGUAUCUUGUAUUGCAUCUUUGACACCGAACCCAAACGUAUUGCCGGUACGCUGUUGCCCCAUCUGAUCCGUCUCAACACACCUCAAGAUUUGACCGAAAGCGUGCGCACCUAUGGCACCCUGUUGGAACAAGUCACUAUUACCCGUGUUGUUGGCAAAAAGGGUGUCUUUGUCUCUGUCAAGGAUUUGGACAAUGUGCGUGGGUUUGUGCAUAUCAGCAACUUGGCCGACGGGCGUGUCGAAAAGUUGACCAAGAACGAUGACACCUUUGGCGUUGGAAGCACGCAUCGCGCGCGUGUAUUGAGCUACAAUUCGUUGGAUGCCGUGUUGCUGCUCACGACCAAGGAAAGCACAUUGGCUGACGAAUAUAUGCGUGUGGGUGACGUGCCCGUGGGCGAAGACGUGGAAGGAACAGUGGUGAAUGUUUGCCAUGCGGGCGUGAUUGUGCGUCUCUCGUCUACGAUUCAAGCACUCGUGCCUACGAUGCAUAUGGCCGAUGUCAAGUUGACCCAUCCAGAAAUCAAGUUCAAGAAGGACAGCAAGGUCCGUGCACGCGUACUCUCUGUCGACAUUGGCAAGCGUCGUGUGUUUCUUACACUGAAGCGAAGUCUGCUGGAAUCGCCACUUGCUGUGAUCAAGGACUGGGAGUCGCUUGAAGAAGGCCUCAUGAGCCAUGGUACCAUUACCAGCAUUCGUGACAAGGGUGCUGUUGUUCGCUUCUACAACAACAUCACUGGCUUCGUGCCUGCUAGCCACAUGACUGAGACCAAGGUCGCCAACCUCGCCUCUGUGUUCCGCAUCGGCCAGACGGUCAAGGCGACUGUGAUGAAGCUUGACAAGGAGGACAAGGUCCUGUUGCUUUCGCUUACCAAGGCCACGCAAGCCAAGCGCGAGGAAAAGAAGGCCAAAAAGGCGGCCCAAGAAGCCAAAUUUGCUGUUGGCGAGACCAUCUCUGCUGUCAUCAAGGAUGUCAAACCUCUUCAACUCAACAUUGAGCUCAGCAACGGACAACGUGAGGGUCGUGUCCAUAUCAGCGAAGCGUUCAGCUCGAUCGACGCAAUCAAGAAUCGCCGCAAGCCUUUGUCAAAGGCUUUCAAAAAGGGCCAAGAAAUCCAAGUCAAGGUCAUUGGCUCGCGCGAUGCCAAAACGCACAAGUUUUUGCCAAUUUCGCAUACGGGUCAAACCAAGAGCAUCGUCGAGUGCUCGUUGAACAAGGAUGCCAAGGUGUUGGAGCAAAAGGAUUUGAACGUGGGCGAUAAGGUGGUUGGUUUUGUCAAGUCUGUUGAAAAACGUCGCAUUGACGUGUACUUGGGCUCAAAUAUCACGGGUCAAGUCCGCAAGCAGCUCUUGUCUACCGAUCUGGACUACUGCCAAAACCAUGAAUUCGUUGUCGGUGAGGCGAUCCCUCUGGAGGUGUUGUCCAAGGAUGAAGAGCACCACGUGAUUGAAUUGAUUGCUCAGGACGACAAGGUUCCUCGUAUCCAUGGCAUCGAGUCCGUCCAAGAAGGUCUUGUUGGUAUUGGUUUGGUGCAAAAGAUCAUGCGCGCCUAUGGUCUCGUUGUCCAGCUCUGCCCUGGUGUCAAUGGUCGUGUCCACCGUAGCGAUUUGCUCGAUCAAUACACCGAGAACCCAACAGAGUCGUUCAAGGAAGGCAUGUUGGUACGCUAUGCUGUUGCCGGUGUCGACAAGGACAAGAAGCGCGUCGAAUUGUCACUGCGUCGAUGCCGUGUGGAUCCAGUGGAGUCGUCGGAACAAGACAACAACAACAAGGAAAUUAACUCUGUGGCAGAUUUGGAGGCCGGUCAGGUCCUCUCUGGCUACAUUGACAAUAUUGCCAACACCGGUGUGUUUGUCGGCUUGGGCCGCAAGGUCAAUGCACGCGUCAAGAUCGCCCAUGUCUCUGACGAGUUUGUCAAGGAAUGGAAGGGCGUUUUCAAGGUUGGUCAACUUGUCAAGUGCAAGAUUCUGCAUGUCGAUGUGGAGAACAAGCAGGUAGAAGCUACCUUGAAGAAGAGUCUUGUCGAAGGAUUGCCAGCACCCAAGAAGAAGAAGACCACCCGGGCUGAUGAUAGCGAUGAUGAAAUGGAAGAUGCUUCUUCGUCCUCCUCUGAUGAAGAAGAUGAAAGCGAGGAUGAGGAAGGUGACAAAGAAGAACAAGACUCGGACGAAGAAAUGUUGGAUGUCAAGGAUAUCGAUGAAGAUAUGCUUGAAUCGGCUCAAAAAUCAGACGAAGAAUCUGACGACGAAUCAGACGUUGACGACGAAGAACAACAAGUGGACGCACUGAAACUCAAUGGCGGCUUUGACUGGACGGGUCAAGUACCUGAUGAUACCAACCAAGAGGACGAAGAAGAAGCCUCUUCAGACGAGGAAGAAGAGACCAGCAAGAGCAAAAAGAGCAAGGCCAAGCAGCAGCAAGUCGAAGACAAGACCGCCGAGCUCUCGACCAGCGCACCACAAGGCGCGGCCGACUAUGAGCGAUUGAUUGUGGGCUCACCCAACUCUUCCUACUUGUGGAUCAACUACAUGGCACACCAGCUCCAAUUGUCCGAGAUCGACAAGGCACGCGACAUUGGCGAGCGCGCACUGACGACCAUUAACUUUCGCGAAGAGCAAGAAAAGCUCAACGUGUGGGUCGCGAUGCUCAACCUGGAGAACAGCUACGGCACGGACGAAACGUUGGAAGCCAUCUUUAAGCGCGCGUGUGUCUACUGCGAAGCCGAAAAAGUAUAUCUCCAGCUCGCCAACAUUUAUGAGCGAAGCAACAAGGUCGAAAAGGCCGAGGCGUUGUGGCAGGAGAUCACCAAGCAGUUCUCACAGAACCCCAAGGUGUGGACACAGUUUGGCCUGUUUUAUCUCAAGCAGGACAAUGUCGAGGGAGCACGCGCGUUAUUACAGCGCAGUUUGAAGGUGCUGCCCACGUUUGCACACACCGAGACGAUCAGCAAGUUUGCACAGCUCGAAUUCAAGCAUGGUGAGCCUGAGCGUGGACGGACGAUCUUUGAAGGAUUGUUGAGCAACCACCCGAAACGCAUUGAUUUGUGGAGCGUGUAUUUGGAUAUGGAAAUCAAGGCUGGCGAUCAGGAAUCUAUCCGACGUCUCUUUGAACGUGUCACUGCCAUGAAAAUCUCCUCCAAAAAGAUGAAGUUCUUCUUCAAAAAGUGGCUGCAAUAUGAAAAUGAGCAUGGCACUGAAGAGGAUGCUGAUCGAGUCAAGGAAAAGGCCUUGGAAUACGUCAAUAGUGCAUAA